GCCUAGCAGCAAGAACGGUGCAGCACUGUGGCUUGGCCAAAAGCGCAAGCCUGCGCAAGCGUGCCGUACCCUUGCGUGGCCGAAUGGUGGCUGUUGGCAGCUACGUAGUAUCACUACAUCAUGUUUUAUAUGGUAGUACUUUGAGCAUUUAUAGAGCGCGCCAGCGCGCGCGUGCAAGACCCUGCUGUCUCUCUUACUCGGUCAGCGCGCCCUUUCUCUCCUACGCGAGACGCUCGUUGCUGGCACCACGGUAGCGAUUAUGUUCGCCUGAGCUAGUCAUUAUGCAACAGGACUGCUUCACUUGGCGCUAUGGCCUAUGCACAGAAAGCUCGCACUGAAAUUGCGUGGCACGUUCUGUUAGGCUUGCUCUCUAGCCUUUUAGCGCUCGCUCAUGGCCAACAAAUGUGGACACCUGUGCUCAACCGCGCCCCAGUAUCUGGCAGCUGGCGCGACGUGCUGGGCAAAGCGCAGCCAGCCUCUGCGAGGAGCAGUCCGCCGGCGGCCGGCGCAGAGGGCGCCACCGGCGCCGCGGCUGCAACCCCCCAAGGCGCGGACUCCUCCCUCGCCUCCGUUGCCUCGCUCGCCUCAUCCAUUUCCUCCUCCUCCUCCUCCUCCGCCCAGUCGGCACCUCUCCCGCCUCCUCCGCCCCCGCUGGAUGAUACCACCGCGCUGCGGCUCAGUCGCGGCCUACCGGCAGUGGCACUCGGCGACGCCGCAGACGUCCGGGGCGCAGGGGAGGCCCGAGUAACGGCGCCACGCAACGGCACCGCGGGCGCAGAAGGGAGUGGUGGGAAGCACAUGAAGAUGUUUGAUAUAAGCACCACCAUGGGAGUGGUGAUGGCAUUUUUAAUGCUCACCAUUGGAUUGAUGAUUGCGGGCACCAUGCUCGCGCGCUUCUGGCGGCGCCGCAAGCGGCUGCUGCUGCUGUCGCGGCAGACCUCGGCAGAGGUGGGACUGCUCGCUGCAGACCCCGCCUCUAGCAGCCUGCAGUCGGACGCCACGGCGCUUGCGGCGGCAAUGGAUGCAGCUGCUGUGGUGGUUGUGGUUCCGGCAGCGGCGCCGGCGGGAGCUACGGCAGUGGCGGUGGCGGCUACCAGCAGCGCAGCGGGGUUAGCAGCACCAGCAGCACCCGCCGAUGCCCUCGGCGGAGAACCUGUCCCCAUGGUACCAGCAGGGCCAGCAGGGCCAGGAGCAGCAGCCAGCCAGGGUGCGGCGGCGGCGGCGGCGGCGGUGUCUCACGAUGUACAUCAGCAGCAACAGCAGCAGCAUGAGCAACAGCAGCGGCUGCAGGUGGUGGUGGUGCCGCUGGUCACGCCGCUGCAUGGCGCUGCAGACCGCUGCUGAGACGGCGGCAGCAGUGAAAGCGGCAACCGCGGUGCCGCCAGCGCCCCUAGGGGCCAAGAAGAGUGGGACCAGGAGGAGGGGAAGAAACGGUCAUUCCUGUCAUGUGCUGAUAAGGACCCGGACAACGCAAUGCCGGACUCCGGCUUCAGGCCUGGCUGCUGAGUAAGGCGUUGUGCGAGGCGGGUUGGACAGGAAUGGUGGCUGACUCGUGGAUGUGCAGUGGUGAGUCGGAUCUCGGGCGGCAAGGAGAGCUGCAUGUGAGGCACGUUGUGCUCAUGUAGAGGCUGACGUACAGGAUUGUUGCUGGAUGAUGUUGGUGAGGAUGCUGUAUUUGGUAAGGUGGGGGCAUCACCGCAACUAUGACAAUAAAGAGGGGCCCUCCCUCUCAAGGGAAAAGUGGGCUGCGCCCACGACACGUUGGUGCAAUGUCUGAGGCCGAAGGGAGUCGAAACUACCUCAACCCCCGGACAGAGCUGGGGUCAACUAUGGACACUGCAACUUGGGCCAUCGAUACGCACUGCUACACUGCUACGGACUGCGGACUGUAUGCAUUGGAAGCAGCACAUGCUAUCGGGCGCUGAUGUUGUCUUGACCGUAUAAGUUACCAAGUGACGCGCUGCUGAGGGGUAAUUCGUACCUAAACUGGUGGAAGGUUGGGAAGAGCAAGAGAGGCUCGUAUGCGAAGGUUCGCUCGCCGCUACCGUACGUAUGUGCCUCAUGUGUGUACGAUAUUCGUGCGUGGAUGAGAGCAGCUCGCAACUACAGUUCUCGAGCGUGCGAACUCGAACAGCGUGCGAACUCGAAGUCGAAGUCGUGAUGUUGGUGGUGAUGUGGUGAUGUUAAUAGAGAAGUUUUGCUUGUUCAAGAAGCUGCAUUUGCUGCGCCCAGGAAUGCUACAUCAAUCGCUAGUCGUGUCCUACUGACUGUUGAGGGCCAAAACUGCAUAGCACACAAGUGGUGCAUGGGUGAAUUGGAGUGGUGGUUGUUAGCAGUAGGGUACACCUGGGUUACGCGGUUAACAUCACAUUGUGUGGGGUACUCGGUUGUGUGGGGUACUUUAUUCGCAUCCCAAAGAAAGCAAGAACCAGAACCAAAACCAGAACCAGGGGCUGCAUGCGGUUGUCAGCAAGUGGAAAUGUGGCAGAUGUCAUGACGUGCGGCCGGGGCUGGGCGUGGCUGGGUCAUUGGGUGGGGUCGGCGGGGCUGUGCGGGAAUUGAUAUUCUCGUGAACUUUGGAUACUGGUAUUGGGCAUGAAUGAUCCAUGACUGCGUGUGUGUCUCCAUGACUGUAUGUACGUUUGAGCAGGGUAAAUGUGUCGCGCUCGUGUGUUGUGCUGCCAUGGAUGUGGGUCGGCGUAGAGUGGGCCGGGCGCCUCCAUCGGCAAUGCAACGCCGUGUGAGCUGUCGGCUGUGCCGUGUGAUGUCCGGAUCCCUGGGCGCUCUCGGUGAACUGUCCCGAGUCCGGACCACCAAGCAACAAGCCGCAGGCGUCAAACAAUCCAAGCGCUUUGCACUAGCUUACCGCUGCUAAGCCUGCUUGUACUGGUAUGCCAAGUGUGUUUCGGGUGAUUGUUUGUGUACACGGCGGUGCCUUUCUUCCCCGAGGCGCGCGAGCCCUUCUGGGCCACUUCUGGCCACUGCGCAUGUGGCGUGUAGUCCCUUGUUCAGGCGCACACCGUAUUGCGCGGUGCUGUACGUCUGUACGGUACUUAAUGCACUACCAAGCCCCACGGCCAGCUACGGCACUUGGCGCCGGCCGCCCGGCACAUGGCGCGGGCCCGGUCGCCAAGGACAAAUGUAUGUGAGAUACUGGGAAUGGUGUGGGAUGUGUGUGGGUAUGGGUGCGUAAUUGCUGCGAAUUAGCCGGUUGCGGCUGGGCUGGUGGUGGGUUGCAGGCAUGGUCAAGGUGUGUCAGUGCAUCGCGCACACACCCAGUCAUCUGGCCACGUGAAGGCCAGGGAUGGGAGAAGGGGGGGGGCUGUAGAUACCAGCCCAUACUAAACCAAACCCAAUGCAAUUGAGCGAGGAGGAGAGCGUGGUCGAUGCUUGACAACGGAGUGGCACGCGACAAUGGUCCCCAUUCCCGAAAUG